CGAUGGCGAUGGCUCCCGCGAGACGAGAGCUUGCGGGAUGCGUCUGGUGAAGCAGCCAGGCCCGGGGGGAGUGUUUUGGCUGGGUCUGGCCACGUGCACGGCGCGGAGGCUGGGAAACCGGGAAUAACCCCGGCACGUGAGCACCGGCUGCAUCCCGUGGGGACGCGGCCCCGGCUGAGGGCAGGAGCCAAACUGAAACCCGGAGCAGAGCGGGCUCCUGAGGGCUGGGCGGGUGCCGAAAUUCCCCCCUGGCGCUGGGAGAGGCUGGAGAAGGUGGCUGCUGGAUGGGGCCGGGCGGGCAAAGAUGCCCAGCAGCAAGAUGCCUUUGCAAAGGGCGAUACCUCGACAGAGGAGGGGGGCUGUGUGAGCCGGGCGGGCGGCGCGGCGCGGGCGGCGGGCGGCGGGGAGGGCAGCCGGCUGCAGGCCGAGAUGCUGCAGCUCGACCUCAUCGACGCCGCCGGGGAUGCGCCGGCCGAGGAGCAGACGGAGCCCCAGGCGCUGCAGAAAGCCCCCCAGCCCCCCAGCACCGAGAGCUACCGGCCCAAGCGACCCACCACGCUCAACCUCUUCCCGCAGGUGCCUCGCAGCCAGGGACCCCGAGGAGCCGGUGGCACGUGGGAGCCACAUCCAGCUGGGGGGACGGGGACAGCAAAGGCACCCCCCGGGCAGUUGGUCCCAACCAGUGUCCAGACCUGCGGAGAGGACACCCUGAAUAACAACUCCCUGGGGAAAAAGCACAGUUGGCAGGAGCGGGUGUCCCGGUCGUCGUCCCCUCUGAAAACGGGUGAGCAGACCCCUCCCCAUGACCACGUUUGCCUGAGUGAUGAGGUCAAUCACCAAAACAGCACAACCUCCACCAAAGACCGGGGCACGUCCACGGAGAGCCCGUGCCGGCGCACAGCAGCCACCCAGAUGGCGCCCGCCUGUGUUGCCUCGUCCCGGCCCCCCGAGAAGCACCAGGCCACCAGCAGGCCCCCGCCCCACGGAGCCAGCGUGGUGGUGGUGACGACGAGGGGCCCCGAGGCCCACCGCGACCGCAUCCGCUACCAGACGGACGUGAGGCUGGAGGCCACGGAGGAGAUCUACCUGACGCCCGUGCAGAAGAACUCGGACCCGCUGGAGACCGAGAAGCCGUUCCUGUCCCAGUCCAGCGAGAACCGCAUGUCCAUCAGCUCCGACAUCGACACCUCCAGCUACUCGGCCCUGGCAGGGAAAACCAACCCCUCCAUCAGCGAGGAGGACGAGGUGCUGGACUACAUGUCCUCCCCUGACAAGACGAGCCUGCCCCGGGCCUCCUGCGUGGGUGGGAGCAGCGGCUACCGGCCGGGCCACAACCUUCAGAGAGCGUCGGUGAGUUCGGACACCAGCGCCUUGUCCUACGACUCGGUCAAGUACACGCUGGUGGUGGAUGAGAACGUGCAGCUGGAGCUGGUCAGCCUCAAGCAGUGCUACUCGGGCUACAGCGACGAGAGCGACUCGGCCACCGUCUACGACAACUGCGUCUCCUCGCCCUACGAGUCGGCCAUCGGCGAGGAGUACGAGGAGGACGCGCUGAAGCGCGACUCGGUCUGCCUCUCCGAGGACUCCACGCCCGAGGCGGACAUCCACUUCUCCAAGAAGUUCCUCAACGUCUUCAUGAGCGGCCGGACACGCUCCUCCAGUGCCGAGUCCUUCGGGUUGUUCUCCUGCAUGAUCAAUGGCGAGGAGCAGGAGCAGACCCACCGCGCCGUCUUCAGGUUUGUGCCUCGCCACGCGGACGAGCUGGAGCUGGAGGUGGACGACCCCUUGCUGGUGGAGGUGCAGGCGGAGGAUUAUUGGUACGAGGCCUACAACAUGCGGACAGGGGACCGGGGCAUUUUUCCUGCCUACUACGCUAUCGAAGUCACCAAGGACCCAGACCACAUAACAGCUCUGGCCAAGAACAGCGACUGGGUGGACCAGUUUCGGGUGAAGUUCCUGGGCUCGGUGCAGGUUCCCUAUCACAAGGGCAACGACGUGCUGUGCGCAGCCAUGCAGAAGAUUGCCACCACGCGCCGCCUUACUGUGCACUUUAACCCACCCUCCAGCUGCGUCCUGGAGAUCAGCGUGCGCGGGGUCAAGAUUGCCGUGAAAUCUGACGACUCCAAGGAGCACAGCAAGGUAAACAAGUGUAGCCAUUUUUUCCAGCUGAAGAACAUUUCCUUUUGUGGAUACCAUCCAAAGAACAACAAAUAUUUCGGGUUCAUCACCAAGCACCCUGCUGACCACAGAUUUGCCUGCCACGUCUUUGUCUCGGAGGAGUCCACAAAGCCGCUCGCGGAGUCCGUAGGGAGGGCUUUUCAGCAAUUCUACAAGGAGUAUGUGGAGUACACGUGCCCCACAGAGGACAUCUACCUGGAGUAGGGGCUGGCACGGGCGCCUGCUGCACAGCCAAGGCUCGCCCCUUCCCCGUCGUGCAUGGACAAGAGCUGCUUUGAGACCAGAGGAGGAGCGGGCCCAGGGAAGGGCUCCCCGGGGCACCGAGCUGCCUCUUUUCGUGGCUCCCCUUCCUCGGGCUGGGGCUGGGGGGACGGGAGGGGGGAGGGCUGGACAAAUCGUGUUUAUUGUACAAAAUAUUUAGUUUAUUCUAUUGGAGAAGUGCCCACGGGGUGCCCUGCCUGUGAGUGCUGGAGGGGCGGGCAGCACAGCCUUGCUCCAGCCCUUCCCUGCCGCAGGCCGGGGUGCCAGCAGCUCCUCCCUGUGACCGUGGCCCAGCUCCCCGUCACAUCCCUCGGGGGUGACUUUUAACGCAGUGGCAGAGUCGGACUCCUGCAGGAUGAAGACACAGCAGCUACAGCCAACAAGAACCGCCUGAGGGCUCCUGCCUGGGGAGGGGACAUCACUUCCCUGCCAGGCCCCCGGGGACAAGGCUGCCGGGCAGGGAGGACGGAGCCCAGUGGCUCUGCUUGGAGUGCCAGAGAGAGGACGAGCUGAGACAGCUCACCCCUGCCUCUGCCCCCAUCCCUCCCCUCUUAGAUCCAUGCCCUGGGGUGAGGAAGAUCCCCUGGUACCUCUGCAGUGACCACACCACGGGGAGGGAAGCGUUUCUCUGCCCCUGUCCCCUCUCCCCUCCAGCCGCAGGGGGCAGGGGCAGGGCUGAGCCACCCCCACCAUGGUGGGGCUCAGCCCCGUGCAGACCGGGGUGCCUGCCAGAAGCGGAGCAGGGAAGGGCUAAAGCCUGCAGGGAGCCGCACACAUCUCCAGGGAGGUUCAAAACACCACCAGAAACCUUCCCUGGUCCCUGCAGCCAGCGGUCUCUGUGCUUCAGCUGGAUCUGCUGUGAUGGCAACAACUAUUAAAUAUGAUGGUUCAUGGA